CAGCCGUGACAACACAUGACCUCAGGUAUGCAGGGUCCUACAGAGCAUUGGUCACGCUGGCUGCCCUCCCCCCAUGUCAGUGCUGCUUAACCAAUAAGAUUUGAGCGUGUAGGAAAAGACAGGAUUAUUUGUAAACAGAAGAGAAGCGGCUUCUGGCAGUGUUUCUUGUGGAAUUCAGACAGAAAGAAGAGGAGAAAUGGAACACGUUUCCCCUUAAUUCUGUGCAGCGUGGCUUUCCCAACAAAUGUGGGCCACUUCCUCCACACUCCCUUGUGUUUUGAGUGCACGCCAAGAUGCCAUCCAUCAUGAGCCUCAGCAGGAAGUACUCAAAAGUACAGCUGUGUGUGGACAUCCACAAAUAUUCCCUGUCCUCAUCGACGUCUGCGAGGAGAUGUCCAAUCAGAGCUUUAAAAACCUACCACGCUGAGGUUAAAUCAGCGCGAUUUCACUCCACUGACAGGAAUUCAUUUAAAGCUGAAGCGCCCAUUGGGAUUGUGGACGAAGCUGAGAGCAGUUUCCAGAUAAGUCUCUUGAGAAGACGUCUUGGUCAGUCAUUUACGCAACUGUCUGGACACAUAAAUUCCUAUUUUAAGAGCAAAGAUCUGAUCAAGGCCGGCCCUCAGUUCGUCGGCAGAGCUAUGAAACGUCAACAAACACAUAGAAAUAUGAGAAAAGAAGCACAAAAGCAUAAAAGUGUGGAUGUAAAAGAAACAGCCAGCCCUCAACUAUUUCACAUCAGCACUCUGACAAGCAAAUUUGGUGAAAGCUACAGCUACGUUUCCUCCCACAUAAACUCAGCUUUCACUCAUGGCUCGACCAAAGCACAGAACCAGAAGGAAAUGGAGACAAUAUCUUCUGGCAGAAGGCAGAAGAGGAGAUGUGAGUCAAGCAAUUCUGUUGUGAAACCAGCAGAAACAAAAAGAGCCAAAGUUGACGUGAACAUUGACCAGGCAAGGAUGGAAUCUAAUCACUCUUCACUCAGCUGGGAGGAGAGCUAUCAGUAUUUGACAAGGCACAUCAAUAAGUACUUCAGAGCAAAGGCCCCUGAUGGAGUCGGCGCUCGGAACGAGAUUGAACCACUUCCCGCGGAACAAAACAGCGCUGCCAAAAGUCACUCUCAAGUUCAGAGAAACGAAGGCACGUCUCAAACAGGAACUCUUUUCCACAGUAGUCAGAAUGCAACGCGCUUUGGGGAGAACCACCUCCAAAUGUCGAGUCACAUCAAUCAAUAUUUUAAAGGCCGAAGUGGCUCAGAUGAGAAUGACCGUCUUGAAAUGAAGAUGGAAAAUGCGUUGUCUGAGGCACGGAAACCGUCAAACGUGUCGCUUGUCGACUGUCUCCGCCGGCCCUCCAGAGCCAUCCCUGUGCUCAGUCACUAUCUGAACCUGGGUCCCUUCGCUGAAGCAAAACCUAACGCCAAGACGAUGCUGGAUAAAAAGCGAGGGCAAGCUGAGGAUCUGCUCGUUGGUUUAGUCCACGCUCUCAGGUUUGCGCCGUCCUCAGACGCCGUUCUGAACUGUGUGGAGGCGCUGAAUGAACAGCUCAGCCGCUACCCAUCAUGCAAAGCUUUAAUGUGGCAGGGCAAAAGUGCAGCUGUGCUGCUUAAAAGAAGACGAGACUUCAGAAACGACCCGACCGUUCAGAGUGCCAUUAGAGAAACUCUAGCUCUCAUGGGCUACGUGGAUUCUGUCAAAGGCCACGGCAUCAGAGUGCUCUCCAUAGACGGGGGUGGUACCAGAGGUCUGGUGCCUCUUCAGGUGCUAAAGAUUCUAGAAGCGGAAACAGGAAAGAAGAUCCACCAGCUGUUUGACUACAUCUGCGGCGUGAGCACAGGUGCAGUCCUGGCCUUCAUGCUGGGCCUGGCUCGCUUCUCUCUGGAGGAGUGCGCCGACAUGUACAGACGCUUCGGCUCGGAGGUGUUUCGGCAAAACCGUUUGGUCGGCACCAUGAAGAUGGGAUGGACCCACUCCUAUUAUAAUUCUGAGACAUGGGAGGCGAUUCUACGGGAGAAGCUGGGCGAGAAAGUUCUCAUUAAAACAGCGAGGGAUGAGUUCAGUCCCAAGGUGUCAGCUGUCAGCGCUGUGGUCAACUGGGGCUCCAGUCCCAAAGCUUUUGUUUUUUGCAACUACAAUCACAAACCUGGAUCCCUCAGUCGCUACGCAGGUGGUUGUGGUUAUCCGAUGUGGCAGGCAGUGCGAGCAUCAUCGGCCGCACCGGGCUACUUCCAGGAGUUCACGCUGCAGAGUGACAUUCACCAGGAUGGUGGAAUCAUCAUGAACAACCCCUGUGCAUUGGCAGUCCACGAGAGUCGCCUUCUCUGGCCCAAACAACCCUUCCAAUGUGUUCUGUCCCUCGGCACCGGCCGCUAUGACAACGCCAAAAGAGGCUCCACCACCUCCACCAGCCUCAGAGCCAAAAUCAGCAACCUGAUCUGCAGCGCCACUGACACCGAAGGGGUCCACACGCUGCUGGACGACCUGCUGGCCCCAGACGUCUACUUUCGCUUCAAUCCAAUGCUGAAGGCUCAGGUUUCUCUGGAUGAGAGCAGACCAGAAGUGCUGGAGCAGCUACAGAAGGACACCUACUGCUACCUGGAGAGGAACCGUCCCAAACUGGCCCGACUCUGUUUGGUGCUUGGUGCCGAGCGCUCAGCUGUGAGCAGAACCAGAGACUGGGUCAGUGAGAGAGCCUGGGAGAUGAAGCAGAGAUGGGUCUAGACAAGAUAUGAAAAAGCAAUUGACCACUUUGGAUGCACGGUGAAAAUAUUGUUCAGUGUUCUGUUAACUACAUAGUUGCAGCUAUGCAACAUGAUGAAUGUAUGAAAACACAUGCAAUGCACUAUGACUUAAUCGUAUUUAUUACCAAGGCAUUGCUCAAUGACCUCAACACAUGUUGCACUUCUGCUGUCAUGUGACUGCAAUGUAAGGCCUGUCUUAUCUAUUUAUUACACCUGUACUUUUGUUGAUUCCUUUACAGUAAUAA